CAAAAUGGUCAAAAGAAAGAAAACGUAAAACCCUAAAACAUUUCUUUAACACUCGACUUGUCUCAUAAACCCUUUGUGUUUGUAGUCUCUCUACUCUCUAGAUCCCAUCCCAUUUCUUGAUCAGCCUCGCGCAUUGUGUGCUUACACGUAAUCCUCUAGCUUCUUUCCUCGGUAAUUUCCAGAGAGAUUUUCAACAGAGGAAGCAUGUUCGCUCUUUCCAAGGUUUUACGAAGAACGCAGAGACUCCGACUGGGAGCUUGUUCUGCUGUGUUUUCAAAAGAUAUACAAUUAGGAGGAGAAAGGAGCUUUGAUUCCAAUUCGAUUGCUUCUACUAAACGUGAAGCUGUGCCAAGAUUUUACGAGAUCUCCUCUUUGAGUAAUCGUGCUCUUUCCUCCAGUGCUGGCACUAAAAGUGAUCAAGAGGAAGACGACCUCGAAGACGGUUUCUCAGAACUGGAAGGUUCAAAGUCUGGCCAAGGUUCAACUAGUAGUGAUGAAGAUGAGGGAAAGCUCUCCGCUGAUGAAGAAGAAGAAGAAGAACUAGACCUCAUUGAAACCGACGUUAGUAGAAAAACAGUUGAAAAGAAACAAUCUGAGCUAUUUAAGACCAUUGUCUCCGCACCCGGUCUGUCUAUAGGUAGUGCUCUUGAUAAAUGGGUGGAAGAAGGAAAUGAGAUCACUCGAGUUGAGAUUGCUAAGGCAAUGCUCCAGCUGCGCAGGCGUCGCAUGUAUGGAAGAGCGUUACAGAUGUCAGAAUGGUUGGAAGCAAAUAAGAAAAUUGAAAUGACUGAGAGAGAUUAUGCUUCUCGGUUAGAUCUGACAGUUAAGAUUCGUGGUUUAGAAAAGGGAGAAGCUUGUAUGCAGAAGAUCCCAAAAUCUUUUAAAGGGGAAGUGCUUUACCGUACCCUCUUGGCGAAUUGUGUUGCUGCUGGCAAUGUGAAGAAAUCCGAACUGGUGUUUAACAAAAUGAAGGACUUGGGAUUCCCUCUCUCUGGAUUUACUUGUGAUCAGAUGCUUCUGCUCCACAAGAGGAUCGACAGGAAGAAAAUUGCUGAUGUACUAUUGCUCAUGGAGAAAGAAAAUAUCAAGCCAAGUCUUCUCACUUACAAAAUCCUGAUUGAUGUCAAAGGUGCAACAAAUGACAUAAGUGGUAUGGAGCAAAUUCUGGAGACAAUGAAAGAUGAAGGUGUUGAACUGGACUUCCAGACGCAAGCUCUCACUGCUAGACACUAUUCGGGAGCUGGCCUUAAAGAUAAAGCCGAGAAAGUCUUGAAAGAGAUGGAAGGUGAAAGCUUAGAGGCAAAUCGCCGGGCAUUCAAAGAUUUGCUCUCCAUCUAUGCCUCUCUUGGGAGAGAAGAUGAAGUGAAAAGAAUAUGGAAGAUCUGUGAAUCAAAGCCCUACUUUGAGGAAUCCCUUGCUGCAAUCCAAGCUUUUGGAAAGCUCAAUAAAGUGCAAGAAGCAGAGGCGAUUUUUGAGAAGAUUGUGAAGAUGGACAGAAGAGCUUCUUCUAGUACUUACUCCGUUCUCUUGAGGGUUUACGUAGAUCACAAGAUGCUCUCAAAGGGUAAGGAUCUGGUUAAACGAAUGGCUGAGAGCGGUUGCAGGAUCGAGGCAACGACAUGGGAUGCACUCAUCAAGCUCUAUGUGGAAGCUGGAGAAGUUGAAAAGGCUGAUUCUUUGCUGGACAAGGCAUCAAAACAGAGCCAUACAAAACUGAUGAUGAACUCCUUCAUGUAUAUCAUGGACGAGUACUCAAAACGGGGAGAUGUUCAUAACACAGAGAAGAUAUUCCUAAAAAUGAGGGAAGCUGGGUAUACAUCUCGGCUUAGGCAGUUCCAAGCCCUCAUGCAGGCUUACAUAAACGCCAAAUCUCCUGCAUAUGGAAUGCGAGAUAGAUUGAAGGCGGAUAAUAUCUUUCCAAACAAAUCCAUGGCUGCACAGUUGGCUCAAGGUGAUCCAUUUAAGAAGACAGCUAUCUCUGAUAUUCUGGAUUGAGUAGUCUCUCUCCCUACACUUUUCUUCUAUCUGCUUGCAAGAAGUAUCUCAUUUGUCGUCCUAACGUUUAGUUUGAGAGAGUAACGUUAAGUUUAAGAACCUGCUUAGUUGCUGUGUUUUUAAUGUUUCUAUUCGGUUCUUUGGUGAUCACACUUCAGAGACCUUCAAGUUUCAUGACAUUUAGGAGUACACGAAGAAAAUAACGUUUUCAAACUGCGCGUAUUCUACCG